AUGGAUUUAGUCUUAGAAGCAGCUGAUCAUUUCGUGUUUGAUAAAGCUUAUGCUCAACUCUUACCAAAAGGUGGAGUUGUUGAUCAAUUCAUACAGAAUAAUCCUUUAUUACUUAAUGUCAAACUGAACUUUGUCAAUUAUAAAGAUUCAUUCAAUGGAACUUUAACUUCUGCAGCUCCAACCCUUUUAGCCAAUCCUAUCAUUUCAUCAAUUUAUAACUCUGUGGUUAAUUAUCAAAAUCAAGAUGAAAUUUAUGGUUUAAAACCAACCACUUUCUUCGAUGUCACAAGUUAUACUGAACAAUCCAUAUUAUCAAGAUCAAAUAUUUUAAGAGAAGGUGUUUCAAUCUUUAUAGUCACUGCUAUCUUUGGUUGGUUAUUAUAUUUUUCAGUUGCUUCAUUAUCUUAUUAUUUUGUGUUUGAUAAAAAAAUCUUUAAUCAUCCCAGAUAUUUAAAAAAUCAAAUUUGGUUAGAAAUUGAAAGAGCAACCACUGCUAUCCCAGUUAUGGUUUUAUUAACUACUCCAGUAUUUCUUAUGGAAUUAAGAGGUUUCUCUUAUUUAUAUUAUGAUAUUAAUGAAUCAACCGGAGGUUGGAGUGCUUUAUGGUGGCAAAUUCCAAAAUUCAUUUUAUUCACCGAUUGUGGGAUUUAUUUCAUUCAUAGAUGGUUACAUUGGCCAUCUGUUUAUAAAGCUUUACAUAAACCUCAUCAUAAAUGGAUUGUUUGUACUCCAUUUGCUUCUCAUGCUUUCCAUCCUGUCGAUGGAUUUUUCCAAAGUAUUCCUUAUCAUAUUUAUCCAAUGGUUUUCCCAUUACAUAAAGUAUUAUACUUAUUUUUAUUCACUUUUGUUAAUUUCUGGACUGUUAUGAUUCAUGAUGGUCAAUAUUUAUCAAAUGAUCCAUUUGUAAAUGGUACUGCUUGUCAUACCGUUCAUCAUUUAUAUUUCAAUUAUAAUUAUGGACAAUUCACCACUUUAUGGGAUAGAAUUGGAGGUUCUUAUAGAAGACCUGAUGAUUCCUUAUUUGUUAAAGAUUCUAAAAAGGAUCAAGACGAAAAAGUAUGGAAACAACAAGUGGUUCAAAUGGAAGAAAUUAGAAAUGAAUUAGAAGGUAAAACUGAUGAUAGAGAAUACAUCAGUAAGGAUUAG